AUGGUGUCUGAGCAGUCAAGUAUUAUGAAAGAUGUCAUGCAAUUUUAUCAAGAUCUGAUGGGUUCCAAGGAGGAUAAUUUAAAGCAUGUGGAUAUAGAGGCCAUGAGGAGAGGUAAGCAAGUAAGCCCUAUUCAAAGAGAGUACCUCACAAGUAUUGUCACUGAGAAAGAGAUUUGGGAUGCUUUGAAGGGUAUUGGAGACCUUAAAGCUUCAGGUAUUGAUGGUUAUGGCUCAAAAAUUUUCAAGGCUAGCUGGAACACUGUUAAGAAUGAUGUGAUAGAAGUAGUCCAAGAACUUUUUGUCAAAGGAAAAUUGUACAAAGCAUGCAAUAACACUGUUGUUACCCUGAUUCCUAAGCAUGAUCAUGCUAAUGAAGUGAAAGAUUUUAGACAUAUUGCUGGAUGUACAACAUUCUUUAAGAUCAUCUCCCAAGUCCUGACUAACAGAUUAGGUAAUGUGCUGCCAGAUAUCAUACAUCAGAGCCAGGCUGCAUUUAUGAAAGGGCAAGUGAUACAGAACCAUAUCUUAUUAGGUUUUGAGCUUAUGCGAGGCUAUAAUAGAAAAGGUGGAACCCCUAGAUGUAUGCUUUAG